AAAAACGAGAGACAGAGACAAGAGACGGAGAAAGGGAGAGAAAAGAGGAGACGUAGUCUUUCGUAGACUACGUUUCUAUACGGAGAGCGUUUAUUAUGCUCUCUCGCAAAUGCUAGCAUUCAUUCGAGCAGCGCGAUUAUUCCGCCAGAGCAAAGACCUGUCGAGUGUGGUCGGUCGAAUCGAUCGUAUGAUCGCUUGAUCGCCGUCCCGGCCGAUCGGGAGAGGCCGCAGUGCUGAUAUAGGAAAACUGACUCACUUGUUCACUUCGGGGUAACGAGAGCGAGACACGCACAGAUCGUGAUCGAUCUGCGGAACCGAAAACGAAAAUGGCAGUAGAGAGUGUUUCCGCGGCUGAGACUCUAAUCCAAAGCAGUAAUGAUAACGAUUUGGAAGAUGGAGAAAUUCCAUCAGACGAAGACGACGAGGCUAUCGUCCCUGCAGCAAAUGUUGCAUCAGAGGCUGCUAAACCAACACCUAAGUCAGAUUCUUCAACAAAUAAAAAUUUUGAUGCAAAGUUUAACAAAAAUAAAAAGCAGCAGCCUACACAGGCAGCUGGCAAACAUUUUUUGAAAUACAAGAAUCCAACCGAAGAUUGGGCUGGAGAUGUUGAAAAAGCCAUCAAGGCUGCAAUGGAAGAGGAUGGAGGAGGGAAAAAUCAGGAAUCCAAAGCGAAGAACAAGAACAACAGGAACAAAGUUCGGAAAAGAGUUCGUGAUGAGAAAGAGGAGGAUCGUAGUAAAGAACAAAAGAAGCGAAAAUUGAGUGAUGAAGAGAACGCCAAUGAGGAUGAAGAUGAAAUGCUUUUUGUACGAGGAGCCUCACCUAUUAGGAAGGAUUCUCAAGAAAAUAAUAAUUCUCCCAGACGUACAAACGAGCAUGAAAAUUUUGACAACAAUUCGGAUUAUGAGGAAAGACCUAAUAUAAAUCGACAUAGAGAAAAUGAUAGUAAACGCAGCACUGGACGUGGAGGAGGAGGAAGCGGAGGGGGAGGAGGAGGAGGAGGAGGAGGGCGUCGCGGUGGUAAAAAUGAACGUGGUGGUAAAAACAAGACUCGGGGCCAAAUCCGAAACGAUCGAAAUGGUCGUCGGCAGCAGAAUAAUGAUCAUGGACAGGAAGCAGACACAAUCUGUGUAUAUUAUAUGCAAGGAAAGUGUCAUAGGGGAGACGAUUGUCCGUAUUCGCACAACGCUUUACCACCCAGAAAAAUGGAAUUGUGCAAGUUUUACCUUAUGGAUUGUUGUGCUAAACGUGACAAAUGUCUGUAUAUGCAUCACGAUUUCCCUUGCAAGUUCUUCCAUACUGGUCUGAAGUGUAAUCAGGGCGACAAUUGUAAAUUCUCGCAUCAGCCUUUGAAUGAACAGGUAAAAGGUAUUCUUCUGAAACACUUAGAAACUGCACCAAAGGAAAUUCUUGGUGAUUUUCCAAGAUUGAGUAGAGAGGGUGCAAUGUUAAUGAUAAAUAAUACAGCGCGUUCUCUAGCGCAAGGUCAAGAUACAACAAAUCAAAAGAUUCCCAGUCUUUUCGAAUUGAAUCUAUCAGCACCUACAGAAAAAACUGAUGAAAAAGAAGAUAAAGAAGAACAAACAAAUCCACAAAAACAAGCCAACCUGAGGGAGAGAAAGCCUUCUGGAAAGAAGACGCGAUGGGGAUCGGAUGAGGAUAGAGUUCCCUACGAGCAUAUUAUGCUACUACAAUCAGCAAAUGAACUUGGUCUUCAACUUCCAAAUGCUGCAUUAGGUUUAGCUACACAGCAACAAGCACAAAAGCAACCUAUUGCACCAUCAAACUUCUAUAGCGAAAGAAAUGCAGAAUCAAAUAAAACUGUACAAAAGACAAAAGAAGAUUUUACAAAGGAUGUAGGAGAAGAUGAUAUACUAAACGAGUCGAAAAAGAGAAAAGACGUUGACUUGAGGCAACUAUUGAACGCAAAGAAACCACCGCCUGUUUAUAGUAUAGCCGAUAAAGUGGCGAGUCUUACGAAAAAUAAACUUGAUGACGAAAGCGAUCAAGACGAAGAAGCGGAACUCGUUAUCGAAGUACCGGCUGAAGAUGAGGAUAAGGAAAAAGAAAAAUAUUUCGAUAGCGAGCAAAGCGAUCAAGUCCACGACAUUUUCUUUUCCUCUACGGACGAACAUGAAGCGGUGCCGCCUUGCCAUUUGCCGAAGAAGGCGCAAGAAUUAUUCAUGCGAAUACAGCAGCAGCAACGCGCGGCGCAAGACAGUUUUAAGAACAUGGAUAACGAUUCCAACGCACGUACCGAUCAAAUCAUCGAGGAUUGGUAUUCGGAUGACGAGGACGAUGAUGACGACGAUGACGAUGAAGGUGGCAAUCUUACUAUAGUGGACAGUUCGAAGGAUGAGAUCGAGCCCAUCGAGAAAAACCAGAACAUCGUUGUCAAGGAAGAGUUUCCGCCCACGCCACCUGCGUCUAACGUGCCUCAACCGGCCGCUAUUGUGGACAAAUUGGGCGAUUUGAGCAAGAUCGACAUCAGUGCCGAAGUGUCUAAACUAUUAUCCACUAUAAAAGCUCAAAGUUCAACGAGCAACAAAACACAACAAGCGGCUAAUUCAAACCAAGACACAUCCAAAACUAAAUUGGCUCAAGAUCCCAAAUCAGACAGCGAAAUGUCGUCGAGUCCGAGACUAUCACCGGGACCGAGUUCGAUUACUGCACCCGUAUCUAGGGAUCCGCGCAUGUCCCGAGAUCCUAGGCAGCGUCGAGAAGUAGAACAGAAACCAAGCAGCCCGAGCAUAUCCGACGCUAAGAGAGAAUCGCAGAAGCCUCUCAGGUUGGAAACGAGCAUCUAUAGUUCCGGUAUCACUGCGAUGGACGCGAAUAUGGACACCGAUCUCCGGACGAGGGCAGAUCAGGAUCUCAGACGGCAGGACAUGGAUUUUCGGCAGCGUUUUCAGACCACCGAGUUCGGCGACACGGAUCUUCGCGUGAAAUCUGACGUAGAUCUGCGACAGAUACUGAGUCUGCCAUUCAAACCGGCGCCCGCGCACGACCCAUGUACCGAGAUUGACGCGAGUAUCGCGUCGCAUCCGCCAAUGCCGUACAAAGUUUACGUGGUGGAUAUACCCAGACCGGACUAUACCAAACUAACAAAAGAGGACGCGCAGGUCAAGUAUGAUCCGCGUCUUCGUAAGAUCUUCCGCAUUGUUCAACCCGAGCUGGCCGACUCACCAAUGUCGCCGCCGCCGCCGCAGGUUAAGCAAGAGAUACCAAAAUCUCCACCGCAAUGCACCGUUCGUACGGAUCCGCGACGGAAAACGCUCGAGGCAGCCGCUUCCAAUCAGCAGUCAUCCUCGCAAAACGUGAUCAACGCUUCCAAGGGAAGACAGCCGCAACCGAUGGAAGCGAUGGGACCCAAUAUGGGCCUCGCUCCGGUCGGUAUGCAAGUGGGACCGCCACCCGGUGGCAUGCCAGGUCCACCGCAGGGCAUGAUGGGCCCAAUGGGUCCAAAUUAUCCGAUGGGUAUGGGCCCAAUGAGGCCUAUGAUGAACCCCGGACCCAUGCCGCCGCCCAUGGGCAUGCCACAUGGCGCCGGUGGAAUGGGUAUGAACGGGCCCGUUCCAAUGCAGUCUCAGAAUCAGAUGAAUUUCGACCCACGUUUCAACGUGCAACGUAACAACGGAGCUGGACUGUUGGGUCCUGCGCCCUCUCCUUCCUACGAAGGCGGCCCUCCUUAUCCCUGUGCUAGCAGCUACAAUAAUUUUGGAGGACCCGGUGGCGGUGGAACUGGCGAGCCCGGCAUGAUGGGAUUUAAUCCAAACGGAUCGAACGGGCCUAGUUUUGGUCCGAUGGGCGAUGAUUGGGGCCCGGGCAGCAAUAGGCAGCGUGGCGGUCGUAUCCGUCGGAGGAAUCGCAACAGGACCAAUAUAGUGACUAAUAAUUGAAAGAAACAGCGGGGGAAAUAAAUAAGUAUAUAUAGACUGAGCAUCUGAUAAUAAUUCUCAUGAGCGAUCAAACUGCAAAUAUGUGUAUAUAUACAUAUAUAUAUACGUUCAUGUAAUGUGCUCGACUGUGUAUUUUAAUCUUUCCAGUUUAUUUUAACGGUAUCAACACGAAGUUUACAGAUUUAUUUUAUCGCGCUAUAGAUUUAUUCUUAAAUUAUAAAUAUUUAUGUAAAUAUAUAUAAAUUCUCAUCAUCGUUGCUAUUUACUUUUCGUUUAUAUAGGAUUAAAUCUAUAACUACUUAAGAACUUACUCAAGAAAGUUAUGAUUCUAAUAAUUACUGUAUUAAUAAUGAUUAUGAUCGACAGAUUGCAAACUCUAGUGACGAAGAAAACAAUAGCUCGCAUCGUACGUAAUUCUUUAAUAAAUGCAGCGGGAGAAACUGCAUGUAAUGCUCAUUUACGCACGAUUUUCUACUUAUAUGGAAAAUCUGUGCGUUCUAAACGUGCAAAACAUACAGUGAACACAUCCAUCAUUCUAAUUGUAAUUUGCCGCAUAAAAUUCUCAAUACGUCGCUAGUGAAAUAUAUAAUCCGUCAAAUAAAGGAUAUUUAUAGAUAUAUUUCGAUGUGUAUCCACUAGUUUAUAAAUAGGUUCUACGAAAAAAGACACCUAGCACAUAAGUCAUGCCGAAAUAAUUAAUUCGAGAGUAAACGAGCGGAGCAAACGCGAUAAUAGAGACAUUAAUCAAGUUGAUAAUUUCUUUGUCUUCCAUGCAAAUGGCACGCUGAGUGCUUGCGAUUUUUGCGUACACGUUGUCUUUGUACGAUUCGCGAAGCAAGCGGUUCGUACAUUGACAUGACACGAUCUUUACCCAUAUCGCGGAAACAUACCGUGGAGUUGUAGAGAAUCUAAUGUGAAAUGCAAUAUUUUGUAAAGAAGUCAAUAUAUAGUGCGCGAAAGAAAUUUUGCGGCAUAUAUGAUAUGAGAUACUUUUUUAUAUUAAAAAAAAAAAAAAUAUGCGCAAGCAUGUAAAUUCCGGUCUUGUAUCGAUUUUUGCUCGAAAUAAUAUAUAUAGCUCAUUCUUGUGCAUCUCAUAAUGUAAACUAUUAUUUAGCGCCUCCAUUAAAUUCUUCUAUAGAUUUGCGUGCGGCUUCAAAUAAUAAUAACGAUAAAUUCUGAAUAACUCUGUGAGAAAGCAGAACAAUUUCUUUAGGAUUGUACGUAUAUAUUUUCUUUAGGAUAAAUUUAGAAAUAAAUAUAAAAUAUUUGAAUCUU